UGGCACGUGGUCGACCCAACUCUCAAUAUGUAUAAGGAGUCCACCAUGAGGCUGUGUCUGGCUCUGGUUGUACUUGUCCUGGCCCUCGGCACGACGAGUGGCUCCCAUUUCCGCGGGGGAACCAUCUCCUGGAUUCCUCAAGACGGCAACCAGAUGAAAUUCAGCUACAUGGUGGCUUGGCGCCGCACGUCAGUGGCAUCCGCUCAAGGGAGGUACUGCACCGAUGAAGACAUUGUGAAUGGGACGCUCUAUUGGGCGGGAGACCAAUGGACAUGCAUCCAAGGCUGCAGCGACACCAAAUCCAUGGCCAUCACGUGCAUCGAGCAGAACAUCUACUCGGACUGGAUGGUGGGCACUGCUAAUUUCGACUUGGCAAUCCCCACCACCCAGCAGAGCGUCAUCAGCUUCACGAGCUGUUGCUGGGUGCCUGUGAACAUCGCCACUUCUCAAGGCACCCACAUCUCUGGAGGCAGCUCGUGGUCCAUGAUCGCCGUAAUCAACCCGGGUACCCGGAGUGACACCAGCAGCCCCAACAUCUCCCCCAUGACCACCUCGAAGCCGCUCAUCAAGCUCAAAGUGGGGUGCACCAAGGUGUGGAACAUCCCGGUGUUGGACGCUGAUGGCGACGUGGUGAAGUGUCGCUACGCCACCAUGAACACCUCCGACGAGUGUGGAAGUAUCUGCGGAGUCGCUCCCUUCGGGACCUUUGAUGGGGACGCGUGCAGCAUCACAUUCACAGUGCCCGUGACCGCCUCCGGCCUCUGGGCCCUGGCGCUGAUGAUCGAGGACUUCCCACGCAACAGCAUCACCAUGGGCUCCGCCUCAUACUCCCCCAGCAGCCCGCUCUCCAGUAUCCCGCUGCAGGUCCUCUUGGAGAUGGAGACGGCAAGUUCGUGCGCGAGUCCGUAUUUCGCGGGAGCGACGCCUCGCGACGGUGAAACGUUCCAUACGACGCAGGGGCUCCUGUUCGAGCUCAAAGUCGACAUCGCCCUGCCCGGCGAUGCGGCCCCAGGCGUAACGAUCGUGCGGCUGGGGACCAUCGCGCCCGUUGGGGUGCAGAAGAGCGCCGUCGAGGCCGACGCCGGAGACCCGAAGCUCUUCCACACGAUGCUGAGCUGGAUCCCAGGACGGGAUGACGUGCAGAGCCACCAGAUCUGCUUCUACGCCUCCGACAGCAACGCCCAGGAGACCGAGCUGCGCUGCGUUAACGUCGUCGUUGAAGGCACCGGCGGACCCAUUGCUUUCUCCUAUGACAGCAUCACCACCAAUGACUUUCCCAUCGAAUGGACAAUCACCUUCAGUGACCAGAUUGUCUUGCCCACCAUCUCAAAGUACUUCCGCUUCUGGGAGCUGCGCAGCGGCCGUGAGGUGUACCGCGUGGACGGUACCACGGUCACGCCGCUGCCCAACGGCACAACGGUCCGCUUCACCACGCCGCCCUACGUGUUCAGCGGUGGGGUCCCGCUCUACAUCACUGUGGACGAGGGCGCCGCCAUGAUGGUCGUCAACGGCUCCAUCGUCACGAAGAGCAACGCGCGAAGCCGCAAGGACUGGGUGUUCACGCUGCACAAGAAGGUCUUUGCUGAAUGCUAUGGCUUUGGAGACCCCCACUACAGCUCGUUUGACGGGCGCCUCUUCGACUUCAUGGGCACCUAUACCUUCGUGUUGGCAUCGAACUGCCUGGGCGCACAGCAGCCGACAGCAUGGCGAGUGCUCGCCAAGAACGAGCACCGGGGUCACAUGGGAGUAUCAUGGACACGCCAGGUGCACACCGAGAUCUACGGCUACACCAUCUCCUUCCUGAAGAACGGCGCCGUCCGGCUCGACGGAGAAGCCAUCAACCUGCCGUUCUAUGAUCCCAGCGAGAGAUUCCGAAUCACAAGCUCCGGGGGCUACAUGCGUCUCAUAACGGACGCUUUCUUCAGUGUCGAAUACAACGGCUGGGACAGGGUGGUGGUCUCUCUGCUGAACCACGACGUGUACAGAAACACCACGUGUGGAGUGUGCGGCGUGUGGAACGGCGAUCAGACGGACGACUUCAUGAUGCCCGAUCACUCCCAGGCUCCUGACGGUGCCACCUUGGGCAACAGCUGGGAGUUGCCAGAAUGGAAGGACAAAGAGAGUGGGAGCAGUGAUACGGGAGCCUCAUCCGGCAUUAUCCUGGACCCCAGCAAGGAAGCGAUCGCGUCCAGCCCCCAGAACUGCGGGCGGCUACAAGACGCCAACGGCAUGCUGUCCGCGUGCUUCACGACCGUCGACCCCACGCAGUACUUCACCAACUGCGUUUUCGACAUGGUGUUGUCUGGUCUGGACAUGUCGGUGCUGUGCCGGUCGCUGGAGGCGUAUGUGGCGGCCUGCAAUGCGGCCGGGUUCACCUUCGCCUACCCGUGGAGGAACGGCACCGGCUGCGUGACGAGCUGUGGCGCGGGCACGCGGUUCAGCUCAUGCGCCCCCGCGUGUCCAGCCACGUGCUAUGACCCCGCGGCCCCGGCGCAGUGUGCGGAUCCCUGCGUGGAGGGCUGCGAGUGCGCUGACAGCGCCCAGCUAUGGGACGGCGACCGCUGCGUGCACCCGGGCCAGUGCGGGUGCCGGGACACGGACGGCCGCUACUACAAGCUGAACGAGGCGUUCUGGCGGCACGGGUGUGCCGUGCAGUGCACGUGCGCAUCCACCGACAAUAUCCAGUGCCAGUCCAGCUCCUGCGACCUCGCCUUCAACUUCUGUGGCACGGACAGCAAGGGGGUGCACGGGUGUCACCGCAAGAGCCUGGAGUGCACCGCCUGGGGUGACCCACACUACAUCACUUUCGACGGCCGCACCUUCGACUUCAUGGGCACCUACACCUAUGCCCUCACACAGCCGUGCUCUGGAGCCAGCUGGAUCGUGAAGGUGAAGAACGAGUUCAUCUCUGGCAGCUGGUCCAUCGCCUACACCCGCGAUGUCUUCAUCGAACUCUACGAUCAUCGCGUGCAGUUCGGCCUGGGCUGGAAAGUUUACCUGGACGGAGUGAGGAUCAACGUGCCAUACUACUACUCCAAUGGCAGCGCGGAGUUUUCCGUGAUUCGCUCAGGGAACUUCAUGCGCCUGCUGAGUGACUUUGAGCUCGAAGUUCUGUACGAUGGGAACAGCCAUGCCACGGCGCGCCUCCCUGCCUCCUUCGCCGGGGCCCUGUGCGGCCUCUGCUCCAACAUGAACGGAGACCCUAGUGACGACUUUGUUAUGAGUGACGGCACUCACACCACGUCAGCCUCCGACUUUGGCAACAGCUGGAAGACAACGGACCCCAGCUCUCCCGAGACUGGCUCCAACGACCCGGGUAACGGCAAGCCCCUGGACCCAAACGAUGUUGCAUCGGCAACGCAGAAUGACAAGUGCGGCAUGCUCAGCGAUCCAUCAGGACCUUUCGCUGUUUGCGCCGGGGUCGUCGACCCGCGGCCUUACGUGGACGGCUGCGUGUUCGACCUGGUGCUGCAGGGCUUCGACAGCGCCGUGCUGUGCCGCACCCUCUCCGCGUACUACGUCGCAUGCGUCAGGGCCGGCGUCGCCCUUGACGGCUGGAGGAACGAGACGUUCUGCCCCGCCCCGGCGUGCCCCACCAACAGCUCGUACUCGCACUGCGCCUCCCCGUGCCCUGUGACGUGCGCGCGGGGGCCGGGCGAGGGUCAGUGCGCGGGAGGCUGCGUGGAGGGCUGCGUUUGUGACGCUGGCUACCUGCUGGAGCACGACCGGUGCGUGCGCGCGGACAAGUGCGGCUGCAUCAGCAAUGGCAAGUACUAUAAGCUGGGAGAUGAGUUCAUCUCGGAUGACUGCAGGAGUCAGUGCGUGUGCGAGGCUGGCGGAUUAGACUGCGACGCCUACUCCUGCCCUGCAUUCCACACGUGCGGACUCACGGACGAUGGCAAAAUUGGGUGCAACGCCCUGGAGGGACACUGCCAGGCGUCCGGCGACCCCCACUAUGUGACGUUCGACGGCGCCUAUUUCGACUUCAUGGGCACGUGCGCAUACACGCUGGCCGCUCCGUCCGCGCGCUACGCCGGCUCGUCGCGUGACGGCGCGUGGCGAGUGCUUGUGGAGAACGAAGCGCUUGGCUCUUUCGCCGCCGUGUCGUACACGCGCGCCGUCGAGGUGCAGCUUGGGAACCUCACCAGGGUCAGGCUCCUGCCCGGGGGCGCCGUGCAGCUGAACGGCGAGAUGGUGAGCCUGCCGGCACUGCUGCCCGGCGCCACAGUGGUGCAGCUGGGGAACCUGGCAGUGCUGUCGGUGCCGGCGGCCGGCCUCACCGUCAGAUACGAUGGCAUCGCCUAUGUGGACGUGGGGAUCAAGGCUGACUUUGUGGGCGCCGUUGAGGGGCUGUGCGGGAACUACGAUGGGGACGCCAGCAACGACUUCACGGGGCCCGCCGGCGAACGCCACAGAACGCCGUACACGUUUGGCAAUGCAUGGCAGAGCGAGACGUCCGCCAGUAAAGCAACCUGCGGGCCGGACUACGGCCGCGUGGUGACGCCCAGCGACGCGGACGAGGCGCUGGCGGAGGUGCCGUGCAACUUCCUGCACGUCGCCCAGUCGCCCUUCGCCCCGUGCUUCGCGACGGUGCCACCCGGGCCAUACUUCGCCAACUGCGUGUUUGACCUGGCCGUGUCGGGCAUGGAUGCGGCGCUGCGCUGCUCGAAUCUGCUGGCAUACUUCGACACGUGCCUAACGCACGGAGUGGUGCUUGCGGAGUGGAGGGUGGCCGCAAACUGCCCGCUGGUGUGCCCAGCUCAAAGCGAGUACCAUGUGUGCGCCUCCACGUGCCCGCCCUCGUGCGGCCUGCCCGAAGCCUCGUGCCCACCGAGCCGCGGUUGCGCCGAGGGCUGCGUGUGCGACGCCGGUUUCUUCCUCCAGGGCGGCACGUGCGUGGCGGCGGCAGACUGCGGGUGCACGUACGACGGCGUUUACAGAGACGUGGCCGAGUCGUGGUAUACCCACGACUGCUCGCGUCGCUUCACGUGCCGUUCCCAAGGGGUGGUCGUGGAGGAGGCGGGCGGGUGCCACGGGGGACAGGCGUGCUUCCUCAAGGAGGGCCACUUCGGCUGUCACCCAGCGGAGGUGGAGUUGUCAUGUGAGGGAGAGCGCAUGUCUGCGCGCAUCCCACGCAUGCUGGUGCUGAACUACACGGCGAGUGACACGCGGCUUAAUGACCCCACGCCGCCUGGUUGCUCCCUCGUCGAUGACGGAGACUUCAUCACCUUCGACAUCGGCAUCACUGACUGCGGCGCUGUCUGCCAGGAAACGAACUCGUCAAUUAUCUUCUCCCAGUCGGUGACACUGAAGGAAGACGAGAGGGGCCAAGUGAUCACACGCAACUUCAAUGACAUUGUGGUUCUCAUCAACUGUGUGUACGACAAGCGGAAAAAUCUGGCUGUCAGCUUCACUCCGGACACGAGCAGCAUCUUCAUCACGGAGAAGGGACUAGGAGACUUCGUCUUCACCAUCGACCUCUUCACCACGGAUGCCUUCGCGCUCGCCUACAGGAGGAACGACUUCCCGGUGCACUACAAGAAGAGCCAGGAGGUUUACCUGCAGCUCGCCGUCAAGUCCACCGUGAGCAUCGCCCUCUUCACCGAGAACUGCUAUGCGACGCCCAGUGGCGACCCCCACGACUCCAUCCGAUAUGACCUCCUCAAGGACGGCUGCCCCACCGACCCCACGUGGAGGAGCUACAGCAGCUUCCUGAAGAAGAAUCAGUUCAGCUUCACGGCGUUCAACUUCAUCGGCAACUUCCACCAGGUGUUUGUCCACUGCGACGUGAUCGUGUGCAAGGUGGGAGAGCCCAACACGCGGUGCCAGCAAGGCUGCCUGCCCACAGGGAGGGGCUUGGCGAGGCGUAGGAGGAGCGCGGAGGAGGGUGUGGUGCAGUCGGAGGUUCACACCAUCUCACGAGGGCCGCUGGUCUAUGGGGAAUCGGCGGAGCGACCAACCGGAGUGAACCUGAGCCAGCUGCUCACCCCACUGGCUGUGGUGUUUGCGGCUCUCUUCGUGGGCGGCUCCCUGAUCCACCACCGCAGGCGGCGACGGCACGGCGGCGGGUACAGCCGCCUGCUUCCCGAAGUCUCCGAUUGACCCGGCGGAAGGGAGCGGUGGUGCCAGUAGCGGUGUAACGAGCAGCGUGGGGGGCAGGCAGGGGGGGUGCCAUGGCCGCAGCACUGGUGGCCAAAGCCACCGUGAUGAGUGUCAAAGAACAAAACCGCAUGUAAUGAUCGCAAGAGGAGCCACGAUAUACAAUAACCUAGGUGCCACCGUCACGUGAGACAAGUCAAAUGAACGUUGUUGGCGGCACACCGGUUGGUUGCGUGGCAUAAAAAAAAAUGUACGUCGUGUUUUUCGCAAUUUUUGUUUAUUUUCGCAGGAUACGCAACCGCCGGUCACAACAUCUUGUGGGGUGAUUGUGCAUAAAAUCACUUCUUGUGAUGUCGAAGGGUGCGGAAGACGAACAUCGGUUUAAACUUAGUUUUCAGACUGUUUUAUGAGGACCGGUGUGGUGUUAUGCCGCAGCGGUGUGUACCGCCAAUACGUCCGAAUAUUGGGUGGCCCCCACCCUGACCGAUUGCCGCAUUACCCCCUGAGCUGAUGGUGUCAUUACUAUGCCACCUGAGCAAAGGAGACGCGGGAAGAGAGGAAAGAAGGGACAGAUGGAUGGGUAGGACGCUGUAGACACGUGGUGCAUGCAUGCUGGGGUCGAUUUAUAAGGUGCUGCUGCAUCCUACUGCGCAUAACCCACGGUUGGCCGUGUUGUCGAUUGUGCUGAAUAUCAUUACGUUGUGGUUUUUGUGGCUGCAUAUGGGAUUUGGUCCUCAUGUAUAAUUAUUGUACAGCGUUAUGGGCUUCCAUUAGCAUGAAUGACGCUACAUAAAAUAAAAUGAUUAUCAUUAGGUUACAACUUUUUUUUAUUUGUUGACGAAAAAAUAUUUAAUGUUUGAAUGAUCAUGAACACAGGAAAUUCGUUUUUUUGCUAAAUGCCUUACAUCUAUCAUUGUUCAAAGUUAUUUGAUUCACAGUACGGUUUAUUUUGCUCUUAUGUGACUGAUAGUACAAUGCAUGUCUCGGCCUCGCUGUGCGCUGCGUUGCACCGCUAUCUGAGUAAAUAACCUCGCAUUCAAUAAACCUUCAGAGCCAGGGUGAACAUCCGACUCCAAACGUAUUUAAUGAAUUGAACGAGGUAAAACUGAUGGAAAAACACAGCACAAAUACAGCAUCUGUUAAUACUUUGUAAUAUCAAUACAAUGAAUGAACA